GGUGAUUGAGGCAUUUCGGCCCCCACAUUCAUGACUCACUUCCUAUAGGCCACUUUAUCUGAACAUACCGCAGCAUCGAACGUACUAAGAUUCAGACUUGACCGACCACAUCAAAUCGCAAAGCUAGAAUGCCAUUGCUAUCGUUGCCCCUGGAAAUAAUACAACAGAUCUUCGAAUGCGUGGAGACACUGCAUCGGGCCAGUCUUUUCUCCUUCAGCUUGACGAGCAAAGCUUGUCACAAAGCCUCCGCGUUUCUCCUCUUCCGGCGCCUCGCCGUGAUUGUAAAGGAUCGCGACAGACUGCAGGACGACGUGAAUACCCUUCUCUCGGCGCUCUCCCGCACCGAUUCCGCCCGUGAAGUCCAAUGCCUUUGUGUCAAAGGCGCUCUACAGCUCAAGCCAACGAGGAGAGAACGGGACAGCGACGCCGUUUAUCCGCACUGGAGACGUGUGAACUGGUUGGAACAGGAAGGCCUCGUCGAUAUCCUGCCCGACGAGGAGCCGAACUGUUACCACAACAGCUAUGUCGUCUAUGACCAAGGCGUCCCCGGGAAGUCUUCAGAUGAUGAAGUUAUAGCCUGGGGUCCCGUGGUGACCCUGCUCCGAGGAAUACCUCGCUUGCAAGACCUGAUAUGGGACUGUGAAACGCAAUUCCCGCCCUGUCUCCUGGAAACUCUGCACGAGCGGCUUCCCCAUUGCCGCCUCCACCACAAGACCUUUCGGUUCCGCACCUUGCUAUGGGGCGUCCCGUAUCCGUACGAGAUGCAGCUUGCUACAUCGUCCUCUCUGCACAGCCUAAAGCUUACCUGCGCCCGCCGCGAUUCCGACGGCGACGAUGACUUCAAUCUCGAAGCCGUCAGGGAACUUGUGACGCUUGCUCCCAACCUCAAAGACGUUACCGUCCUGCACAUAGAGCCGUACGACACUAAAAGAUUCGAUUUCCGUCGCCGAGACGCCUGGCAAGGUCUUCCAGGGUAUACUCCCGAGGCACGCGGAUCACUGACAUCGCUGUCCCUUAAAGGCUGCGGCCGCUUGCUAGAUCAUCUCGGUCCCUGGGCUCGCUACACAGACUUCAUGUGCCUGCAGCACCUCACCCUCGGGGGUUCGUACCAAUACGAGACAUAUGCAUUCUCUGGCGCAGACAUGGAGUGGCUCGUGCAAACGCAUGCGUUCCCACGACUGAGCACACUCUGCGUCAGUCUGACGCGCGACGACAGGUUCCUCGAGCGCCCGCAUUACAGUGCCCAAGCCGCUUCGUUCUUCGGGUCCUUCCCGCCCCUGACUGAGCUCUCCGUCCACGGCCCGCUCGACGACCCCAUCUUCUCCGCCAUUCUCGCCCGCCACGGCCCAACGCUGGAAAAGCUUCAGCUGCGCCCGCUCGAGGAGCGGGGGAGGUGGCAUAACGGGCGCGCGCGCACCGACAUUCCCAUGCAGUUUUCCGCACAGCACCUCCGGGACAUGGAGCGGCGCUGUCCCAGGCUGGCACACCUCGCGCUCCCCAUAAAACGACACCAGUCUCGCCCUGAGGAGGUCGCGCUGUAUAGAUGCUUCGGCGACAUGCGUGCCCUGCGCACGCUGUUCCUCACGCUGGACUGCGCCGAGUGGCGCGUAACCCGCGACGCGAGCUACGCGCCGCCCUUCACCGGCACGGAUGCGGAUGAAGAGGUGGCGGAUGUGGCAAAUCGGCGCCUGCUGAGGGGAACUGUGAAGGAGAUGCUAGUCAACUGCGCGGUUGACGAGGCGCUCGUACGUUCCAUCUGGGGCGUCGUUGCCGCAGCGAAGAAGGGCGCGAAGAUGGAGUUGCUGAAAUUGUGGACAAGGGGUGGAGGCGAGUUUGGGGAUCAUAACGAGUUCUCGAUCAGCAGAGUUACAAAGGUAUUAAGUCGGUCGUGGGUGGUUGAGAAGGGGGCGGGGGAGCGUGGAGAGGAGAUUGUAGUGAGGGAUGUGGAGAGGUAUGGGAAGAAGAGCUUUUUGUCUGAAAAGUCAGUGGUGGGGCAGGUGUUUAGGGAGAUGUGGGGUGGGGAGGAGAGGGAGGAUUGGGAGAAUGUGUGGAGGAGUGUUCCGCUCGAGGUGUAG